AUGUGCCACUCGGCGCGCUGCGCCGCCCCCAUGUACAGCUCCAUCGUCAGCCUGGCCCUGGCCGACCUGCUCUACCUCUCCACCAUCCCCUUCAUCGUCUGCACCUACCUGGCCCAGGACUGGUACUUCGGGGACCUGGGGUGCCGCAUCCUGCUCAGCCUGGAUCUGCUCACCAUGCACGCCAGCAUCUUCACCCUCACCCUCAUGUGCACCGAGCGCUACCUGGCCGUCACGCGGCCCCUGGACACCCUGAAGCGGUCGCACGGCUACCGGAAGGUCACGGCGGGGGCCGUGUGGUCCGUCUCCCUGCUCCUCACUUUGCCCAUGAUGCUGAUGGUCACCCUGACCGAGGCGGGCAAAGCGGAGGGCAAGGUGAAGAGGAUGUGCGCGCCCACCUGGAGCGUGGACGCCUACCGGACCUACUUGACCGUGCUGUUCAGCACCAGCAUCAUGGCCCCGGGGAUCAUCAUUGGCUUCCUGUACACGCGCCUGGCCAGGACCUACCUGGAGUCCCAGAAGAACCCACCCCACAAGGAGAGGAGCAAGAGAUCCCCCAGGCAGAAGGUCCUCAUCAUGAUUUUCAGCAUCGUGCUGGUCUUCUGGGCCUGCUUCCUGCCUUUUUGGAUCUGGCAGCUGGUGCAGCUCUACAGCAGCUCCCUGCAGCUCACCACCCAAACCCAAAAAUGCAUUAACUACCUGGUGACCUGCCUGACCUACAGCAACAGCUGCAUCAACCCCUUCCUUUACACCCUGCUCACCAAAAACUACCGGGAAUACCUGCGCAACAGGCACCGCAACUUCUACAGGUUCACAUCCUCCUUCCGCAAGAGGGGAUCCAACCUGCAGUGCUCCUGGGGACGGUCCAUGUCCUCUAGCAACCAGUACGACUACAGCUCGGAGGCCCUGGGCAUGGCCACGCUGAAGGACAAGUGAGGAAGAGGAGGUGGUCUGGAGACAUCAGGACCAGAAGUGCAUCUGUCCAAGGGCUUCUCUCAUUCCAUUCAACCUCACGUUCCAUCCCAGGAAGCGUUACGUCAGGACUGGAUCCCCAAUGCCGUGGUCUGGG